AUGGCUACGCUACGCCCUCCGUCAUCGAGCGAACCACGAGGUGGCUUGGAUCCUCCCAACCUAACCUCCGAACCCGAGGUCUGUCUACCAUUGGGUGCUCCACAACCUGUCGUUCACCUGCAUACAUACACGAACCCCUACCUACAUUGGCGAAAUACGACAAAAACACCAUUGGCCACGGCUCAGGUACAGAAAGAAAUCCUGCAUUACCACUUCAGGAAAAUGAUCCCCCAACCACUCACCAGCCAAACCGAGAGCGAGGAAGGCAAGCAGCAGCUGGCGCCUCGUGGUUCGGAUAACUCGAGCGCACGAGGUAGCAAUGCAUCACGUAGUAUCUGUCUCUUAGUUCAGCUUCAAAGGUUCACUACCACGGCUUUUGGCCUACACUUGGAAAGCACAUGGUUCUUUAGGAGGGAGGCUUUCAGCUGUGCAAAUAGCGGAACUGGAAGUCGGCAGGAGCUCCGAUAA